AUGAGAGGAGGGGCUCCGCUCUGCGGCGGAAAGCGAAGUUCUGUGGCGCCUGCGCAGAAAGAACAAGAUAGAAGGCUUCAAGCCAAUAACAGGGAGUUCAACACUAAGUUUGGAUAUCCAAGCAAUACCAUCAAGACCUCAAAAUACAGUUUGCUGAACUUCCUGCCCAUGAACCUAUUUGAACAGUUUCAGAGACUUGCAAAUGCAUAUUUUCUCAUUUUGCUAUGCCUACAGUUGAUUCCCCAGAUCUCUUCCUUGGCAUGGUACUCAACUGUGAUACCCCUGAUGGUGGUGCUGUCCAUCACAGGAGUGAAAGAUGCCAUCGAUGACCUGAAACGACACCGAAGUGACAAGCAAGUAAACAACCGUCCUGUUCUGCUGUUGGUAAAUGGAAAGGUGGAGGAGGACAAAUGGAUGAAUGUCCAAGUGGGAGAUAUAAUAAAACUAGAAAAUAAUCACAUGGUCACAGCAGAUAUACUCUUACUCUCCAGCAGUGAGCCCUACAGUCUGACAUACAUAGAAACUACAGAACUUGAUGGUGAGACCAACCUGAAAGUGAAGCAUGCCGUCUCAGUUACCAGUGAAAUGGAAGAUAACCUGGAACUACUGUCUGCCUUUGAUGGGAACAUAAGGUGUGAACCUCCAAAUAACAAGUUGGACAAAUUUACAGGAAUUCUGACAUAUAAGGACAAUAAAUACCUCCUAGACCAAGAUAAGUUGCUGCUUCGAGGCUGUACCAUCAGGAAUACGGAUUGGUGCUAUGGCUUGGUGAUUUAUACUGGGCCAGACACCAAAUUAAUGCAGAACAGUGGAAAGUCCACCUUUAAACGGACACGCAUAGACCAUCUCAUGAAUGUCCUUGUGAUCUGGAUUUUCCUGGUUUUGGGCAUAAUAUGUUUUGCCCUAGCGAUUGGACAUAGCAUUUGGGAAAACAAGAAAGGCCACUACUUCCAAAUUUUUCUGCCACGGCAAAAAUAUGUUCCUUCAUCAUUUGUGUCUGCCGUCCUCGUAUUCUGGUCCUACAUCAUUAUUCUCAACACUGUAGUACCCAUUUCCCUCUAUGUCAGUGUUGAGAUCAUAAGAUUGGGCAACAGUUACUAUAUCAACUGGGAUCAGAAGAUGUUUUGUGCUCCAAGGAAUACACCAGCACAGGCUCGCACCACCACCCUUAAUGAGGAGCUUGGCCAGGUCAAAUACGUGUUUUCUGACAAAACAGGGACCCUGACACAGAACAUCAUGAUUUUUAACAAGUGUUCUAUUAAUGGAAAGUUCUAUGGUAAUGUCUUUGACAAGAAUGGACAGAAGGUGGAAAUCUCUGAGCAAACAGAAAAAGUUGACUUCUCCUAUAACAAACUGGCUGAUCCUAAGUUUUCAUUUUAUGACAAGACAUUGGUGGAAGCAGUGAAAAAUGGAGAUCACUGGGUACACUUAUUUUUCCUUUCACUCUCAUUAUGCCAUACUGUGAUGUCCGAGGAAAAAGUGGAAGGUGAGCUGGUAUACCAGGCUCAGUCUCCAGAUGAAGGUGCCCUGGUCACUGCUGCCAGGAACUUUGGUUUUGUGUUCCGUUCCCGCACAUCUGAGACCAUCACGAUUGUUGAAAUGGGGAUAACCAAAGUCUACAAACUGCUCGCUAUUUUGGACUUCAACAAUGUGCGCAAGCGGAUGUCUGUUAUUGUGCAGACACCUGAAAAUCGGAUAAUGUUGUUCUGCAAGGGUGCUGACACCAUCCUCUGUCAGCUGCUUCAUCCAUCCUGUAGAUUCCUCCAAGAUAUGACCAUGGACCAUUUAGAUAAUUUUGCCAGUGAAGGCCUUCGCACACUCAUGGUGGCCUACCGAGAGCUGGAUGAUGCAUUCUACCAGGACUGGAGCAGCAAGCAUACUGAAGCCUACCUGUCUUUGGAGAAUCGGGAAGAUAAAUUGUCAGAUAUCUAUGAAGAAAUUGAAAAAGACUUAAUGCUGAUAGGGGCCACAGCCAUAGAAGACAAACUACAGGAUGGAGUACCUGAGACAAUCAUCACUCUGAACAAAGCCAAAAUUAAACUGUGGGUUUUAACUGGAGAUAAGCAAGAGACUGCUGUGAACAUUGCCUACUCCUGUAACAUAUUUAAUGAAGACAUGGACGGGGUCUUCCUUGUGGAGGGCAGCGACAAUGAGACUGUUCUGAAAGAACUCAGGUCAGCACGGAACCAGAUUAAACCUGAAUCUCUACUGAAAACAGAUCCAAUAAACAUCCAUCUCACCACAAAACCCAGAAAGCCCUUAAGACUACCUGAGGAGGAACCCAAUGGAAAUUAUGGCUUGGUCAUCAAUGGCUACAGUAUGGCCUAUGCCCUAGAAAGGAACCUGGAGUUGGAACUGCUGAGAACGGCAUGCAUGUGCAACGGGGUGGUCUGCUGCCGGAUGACACCCCUUCAGAAGGCCCAGGUGGUAGAGCUGGUGAAGAGGUACAAGAAGGUGGUGACACUGGCCAUCGGGGAUGGGGCCAAUGACGUCGGCAUGAUCAAAGCUGCUCACGUUGGGGUCGGCAUCAGUGGCCAGGAGGGGAUGCAGGCCAUGCUCAGCAGUGACUUCACCUUUUCCCAGUUCCAGUAUCUCCAGCGUCUGCUGUUGGUCCAUGGUCGUUGGUCCUAUAAUCGCAUGUGCAAGUUUCUCAGCUAUUUCUUUUACAAAAACUUUGCCUUCACCUUAGUGCACAUCUGGUAUGCUUUCUUCAACGGAUUCUCUGCACAGACAGUUUAUGAUAACUGGUUCAUCACUUUCUACAACCUGGUCUACACCUCCCUUCCUAUCCUGGGCCUGAGUUUGUUUGAUCAGGAUAUAAAUGGAAUGUGGAGCCUACACAUCCCAGAGCUGUAUGAGCCAGGCCAGGCCAACCUCUAUUUCAACAGGAAGGCAUUUGUGAAGUGCUUAAUACAUGGCAUCUACAGUUCCCUUGUGCUGUUCUUUGUCCCUAUGAAGACCAUUUACAAUUCAGUACGCAAUGAUGGGAAGGAAAUGUCUGGUUACCAGUCCUUCUCUGUAAUAGUGCAGACCUCCUUGCUCUGUGUGAUGACAAUACAGAUUGCCCUGGAGACAACUUACUGGACAUUUAUAAGCCACUUCUUCACCUGGGGUAGCCUGAGCUUCUACUUCUGGGUCCUAUUCUUCCUGUAUAGUGAUGACCUGUUCCUAAUGUUCCCCAACGUCUUCCAGUUCCAUGGAGUGGCCAGGAACACUCUAAACCAGCCGCAGGUGUGGCUGAGUGUUAUUCUCAGCGUGGCCCUCUGUGUGUUGCCUGUGAUGGGAUACCAGCUUCUCAAACCAAUAUUCUGGCCCAUCGGCGUGGACAAGGCUUUAUCCAGAAUCCGUGACUGCAUGAAACGACCACUGGCACCCCGAGCCCAGCCCAAACGAAGAUACAUGGGUCCUCAUCGUUCUGCAUACGCGUUCUCUCACAAAUCUGGCUUUGGGGCUCUCAUUACCUCCGGCAAGACCAUGAAGUACAAGCUACCCAAGAAAAGCAACUGUGCCCUUAAAAAAUAG